UGGUUCUCACGCUGUGCUUUUAUUUUGAAGGAGCGGUGAAACAGAUGCAAACUGCCGCCUCCGUCUCUUUUCUCGGUGUCAAAGUCAAACUCUCCGCAGCUCCUCGGCAGGCGGUUCGAUAAUGUGAGGCUGCAGUCUUACUGUGAAGCUGAAGCGAGGCUGAGAGGACGCUCCGAGCCGCCGUUCAGCCGUGAGGCCCGGCUCCGUUCGGCGGGACCACACCCUCCGCGCUUCCUCAUCGGACUCCGGCGGGAGCGCGCGGCGCCGCUUCCAGCUCUGCGCAGCGGACAGAGUGCUCAAAGAAGUGGACCGAGGGUCCGGACGAGCAGCAGCGUCAUGGCAGUGACAGCCGAACCCCCGCGGAGGACGAGCGGGACCUCCCGGUGUCCGGUUCCCCGUUAAGAGUCCCGGACGGACACACGGACGAUGCGCGUGCGGGCGAAGCUGGUUUCUGGACCUGAACCGUGUCUGACAGAGGUUCGAAGCGGACGGAUGGUUCGUGUAGCGGUGGACUUGGACUCCUGGGGUCAUGGUUCCGGAGGGACACGCGUGGGGAACCAUCGCGCGCAGGCCAGGCCGCGCUCCCACGCCGGGUGUGAUUCGGACCUCCUCUCGGUGCUGUUCCGGCCCCCUGGACCCGAACUGAUGCACUCCUGACUGUCUAAAAGCGGACGGAGUUGAAGGUUUGGAUCUUAAACUGUGAGCCGGUUGGUGUGUUCUGACCCGGUUCUGGUCUCGCAUGCACUUUGCCUUUUGAAGCACUGCAGUGUAAGUCGAGCUUAUUGAUUAUUGAUCAGCCUGUGAAUUCUGCUGAACAAUACCUGGCACCACCGUGACGUCACCCCUGCUUCCUGACGUCAUACCCUGUUCAUGGCAUUUUGAGUUUUUUUGUUUGUUUUUACGCAGGCAGAGAUCAAUACAGUGAUCAGUUUGGAUUGUGAAAGUACUGAUGAUCAGGACAUUGAUUGAUUGCAGAUGAUACACAUGUUUACAUCGAAUCCACUUCCUGUGUGACACCAGCUAAUGUUUUUUUUUUGAAGGAAUUUAAGGAAGACUGGCCAGUUUUGUUUUAAAUUAUUAUUAUGUUUUUAUGAGUUUGGAUUGACAGGAGGUUUAUUUUGAAAGAUAAGUACAGCAACACCAAAACAUAAAUAACUGAAGCUGUGUGGACAAGGGAUUUGACCCUUGACCCUGCUGCACCCCUGCUGAUUAUGGCGAGUGGGGGAUCUGGAAAGUCAGCGAGCGAGGGAUCGAGUGGCGCACCCGGUGGAGGUUUGCAACAGAGGAAGCGACUCUCCUCCAUCUGUGACACGUGUAAGGCCAAGAUGCAGCUGGUCGCUGACCUCCUCCUGCUGUCCAGCGAGAUCAGGCCCAUCAUGACCGCCGAAGGCGUGGCCAUGGCUGACACCUUUGACCAGUGUCGCGACACGGUCAUCGCCAGGACUAAAGAGCUGUCCAUCCUCACCCACGACAUCCAGAGCCAGCUCAACAUGGGCCGCUUCCACGAGGUGGGAGACCGCUUGUUGGAGAUGGCGGACCUGGUGGUGUCGCUGACCGAGUGCUCGGCCCACGCCGCGUACCUGGCUGCUGCGGAGACCCCCGGCUGUCAGCCCUGCUUGCCAGGUCUGGUGGACCGUUACAAGGUUACCCGCUGUCGACAUGAGGUGGAGCAAAGCUGCAGCAUCCUCAGAAUUACACCCCUGCCAGAUCUUACGCCCCAGCUGCUCCUGGAGCUCUCUCAAAACAUCUCCACCAACCUGAAGACUCUGACAGACAUCUCGUCGCUGGCCAGCGAGAAGUCCAAGGAUCGCUUUUCAAAAGAACAGUUCAAACUGAGCGUCAAGAGUAUGAGCACCAGCGGCACUGCUUUCCUGGCAUGUGUGAAGGAGGUGAAAACCCAGCCUAGUGAGCUGACCAGGAACCGUUGUGUUCUCUUCAGUGCUGCUCUGGUCCAGGCUGUCAACACCCUGGUCGGGUUUGCCACUGAGCCUCAAUUCCUGGGCAGAGCUGCGGCAGUCACAGCUGAGGGGAAAGGUGUCCAGACUGCUGUUCUGGGAGGGGCCAUGAGCGUGGUCUCAGCCUGUGUCCUUCUCACUCAGGGCCUGCGGGAUGUAGCCCAGCACCCAGAGAACAGUUCCAAAAUGUCUGAUUACCGGGAACGUCUACGUAACUCGGCCUGUGCGGUAUCAGAUGGUUGCACUCUGCUCACUCAGGCACUCAGGGAACGUUCAUCUCCGAGGACGCUGCCACCAGUCCAAUCUCAUUCUGUGAAUUAGUGCCCAGGGG